UUCAAAUUCCAAAUUUGCCCACCAUCUUCUGAACCAUCCUCAAACAAGUGCCCUCCACAUUACAGUGAACGGCGGCGUCCAGAAUGUCCAGAAAUGUCAUUUCAGCAUUCCUAAUGCCAACAAACUCUGGCCGGAGGAGUCAACAAAAAGAACCAAACAAAGAGCAGGCGUUUGCUGAAAACCGGUCGCCGGACCCACCACCGGCCGGACCCCCUUUUAUACUUGAAAAUGAGCUUUCCUUCCUCCCCAACGGAAACGCCCAUAAAGUUCUCAUUUUUGCCGCUUACGCAUACGAGCUCUGUAUAUCUUCUCUGUUCCUCAUUCACACAGUUGGCGCCAUUGCCGAACUCUCUUGCGCUUUUUCCUGCGCCUUUGACCUUUUCCAAUCCCCCUUCGAUUUGAGUCAGUCCACAACUGCUAGCCUUCGAGAAUCAGAUAAGUGAUCUUGGGCUCAGUUCAGUUUCAGUCAUCUGAUUCCACAUUUGGUAGAUUCCCGAUCACGACGGUGCUUGUUGCGACCGCUUCGGAUGGACGCUUCGGUGGAGAACGGUGGCUCCGGAGCUGAGGCAACUCCGGUUGGAAAAUAUGACAAGGAGGCGAGUGAGAGUGUUGAUCAGAUUCACAAGCCACCGACGACUGAGAAGGCCGAUGUAGAAAUGAAAAAGAAGAAGAAGAAGAAGAAGAAGAAGAGUAGAGUAUUCGUGUAUCGCCUGCCGAGAAUCGGAUGUUUGAGAGUGGAGAAGGACGGGGAUGGGAACUUCGAUAUGGAGGUGGUGGAUGACGACGGGACUUCUCCGAAUCCGACCCAUCUUGUUAUAAUGGUGAAUGGCAUCAUCGGCAGUGCCCAGAACUGGAAAUUUGCUGCCAAGCAGUUUUUGAAGAGGUAUCCACGAGAUGUUGUUGUUCACUGCAGUGAACGCAAUUACGCAACUUUAACACUUGAUGGGGUUGACAUAAUGGGGGAUAGAUUAGCAGAUGAGGUUCUCUCAGUUAUCGAACGCCAUCCAUCUCUGAAGAAGAUCUCAUUCAUUGGUCAUUCUUUGGGAGGGCUGAUAGCAAGGUAUGCAAUUGGUAAGCUUUAUGGAGUUGAAUCUAAGAAGGAAGUUGGUCAAGACAAUGCAGAGAGGAAGAAUGAAGCUGAUGUAGCACGGGAGAAAUCAUCAGAAGGUGAAUUCAGUGGCAAAAUUGCUGGACUGGAGCCUAUCAAUUUCAUCACCUCUGCCACUCCACACCUUGGUUCAAGAUGGCAUAAACAGGUCCCCAUGUUUUGCGGCUCUUCCGUUCUGGAAAAGACAGCUGCUCGACUGGCGUGGUUGCUUGGUAGAAGUGGACGACACUUGUUCUUAACUGAUGGUGACAAGGACAAGCCUCCUCUUCUUCUUCAGAUGGUUAGAGACACGGAAGAUCUUCGGUUUAUGUCUGCUUUACACUCUUUCAAGCGUCGUGUUGCAUAUGCAAAUGCACGUUUUGACUCCCUUGUUGGGUGGAGCACAUCAUCCUUACGGCGUCGACAGGAGCUCCCUAAGAGACGGCAUCUUAAGCGAGAUGACAACUACCCGCACAUUGUACGCAUGGAUCCAUCAAAAACUUCAAUCCCUCCAGAAGUUAUUCCAGAUACCAAAGAUAAUGGCUGUGAAGUUAUAGACAUGGAAGUUGGGAAGUUGAUGACUGUGGAGGGAAUGUGCGCAAAUGGUUAAAAAGCGCCCAUCUUGAUAUGGGGUCUCCUUUCUUGCUUCACCUUUUUUUCAAGAGAAGAAACGGUAUAGCGCUGGGUGACUCGGUGGAGGACAGGACGUCUGUCUGAGUACCAAUCAGAAAACGAAAGAAGCAAUUAAUCUUUUCGUUGCUGGUUCUUCUGAUCUCAAGCGUCAUCCUUGUUAGAUUUCAAACCGAAGGAAGAGCAAUCAGCAAGCUGCUUGAAGUAAAUGGAGUUGGAGAGGAAGAAGGGAAAUUCAUGGUGAGGAGCAAGACAAUAGGAUCGAGGCCGCCAAAGUGCGACAACAGAUGCGGCUCCUGUGGCGGCCAUUGUGAAGCGGUCCAAGUCCCCGUGACGACAAUGCAGGGGAGAAGGCCGGGGAGGAGCAGCCGUUUCAGUGUUGCCUACACCUCCAGAGGCGAAGAUUACUCCAACUACAAGCCCAUGAGUUGGAAGUGUAAAUGCGGAAACUCCAUUUUCAAUCCUUGAUUGAUCAAUCUCUGGGUGUAAGUAAGUAGAUCAACAGCUGUUUCUUUUGGUUGGUGAGCAGAGGGAAUGCGCAACUUCUGCUAAUGUAAUGUGGAUAAACAAUGACCUGCUAAACUGUAUACUACUCCGAUUCCUCUGCCUCAUAUCUCUAUAUCGGCUCCAUGGAUUCUCUCUCUGUCCAUUAUGGUGAAAGCAUAUUCAUAUUGCUAUGUGGGUUUGCGAAAGUUGUCGCUUGUUUCGACUCUUUCUCUGUUGGCGUUCGCUGCCUUAUACUCGAUGCCGGUCGAAGCCGGUGCUCUGUUUUUUUUUUUUUUUUUUUUUGCCGUUUUCUAGUUUGUAACUAUUUUGUUUUCGGAAUUUAUUCCCAUAACUUUUUGGUAUGAUUCACUUGGAUAUAUAGAGGCGCGACGGAGUAAGAAAUGUGCUUGCUUCGGA